AUGGCGCCCUCAGACACACCCGAUGGCCCUGACGGCUCUUCUCUGAAACCCGUCUCGUCUCUCCGAUCACAUUUCGAGAGCAUGGGCAAAGCCCCGGACCGCUCAAGUCCCACGCCUCCUCCAUCACAACCUCCUCCGCAGCCCGUAAGGAUAGCCUCACCAGGCCCGAAGCCCGAACCGCCGCCUGUCCAGCGAGAUGCGAAGCCAAAGCCAAAAGGUCCUGCCUCGGCUCUGAACACCGCCACCACCCAGCGCCUGAACCACACACCUCCGUUGAUACCCAGUCCUGUAACCCUCGGCGCUCCCUCGCUGAUGGUCCAGCCCCCGCGGUCACCACCCCAGCCACGAUCCUUGACCGUCGGCACCGGAGAACACGGGAGCUUUCUAAACCCAGACUCGCACGCCAAAUCGCCCUCGCCAAGCAGCCCCCGAAGGCCGUUCAAGAUUCCAAGCAAUAACAGCACCCCCUUAUUGGAGCCGCAAAACUCACCCAGACAAGUCCCUUCACAACCUCCGUCUCCUCCACCACCAAGGCGCUCUGCCGAACUGAAACGAGAGAGGGACCGGGGACGUGACGCUAAGCCGACGCCUCCUCCAAUCAACCGAGCUGACAAGCCAUUGAUCCCCUCGAGGUCAUCGUACCUGGGAGUAGACUCGCUCAGCAGCUCCGACUUUCGAAAUCGCCUUGCAGACGCACAAAAGUCGCCCUUCAAUAGUCCCCCUAGUAGUAAUGGGAGCGUCGAUGGGGAUGUCGAAGCGCCGCCUACGCUGCCCGCAAGACCACGGCCAUCUGUCUCUGAUGCCCCUCCGAGGAUUCAAACGGUCCAGACUGGAUUUGACCCUCCCCCACUGCAUCCGUCUAUUGUCAACAGGAGGAAAGAGAGAGAACAAGAGCUAAAUGGGACCGCAUCGAGAGGGUCGUCACGGGGACCACUGACCCCUCAGGGUACAGGAGAUCAGGGGCCGCGACUGCCUGUCAGAUCAGCAACAGUUACCGAGCAUAGGUCAGCUAAUUAUAAUGGCUAUUCAAUCACAAGGCCGCCGCCAAGGCCGCCCAAACCUGGGGAAAACAACACAAUACCGCCACCGAGCGGUGUUGCGCAAAAGAGGGCAGUCUCGACACCCUCAUCACAGCAGCACCCGCCGCCCCCGCCCCCGCCGCAGAGGGUGCACCCGAGGUCAAUGACUGUGGACAGGACAUCUUCGCGGGCUCCUGCUGAGUUCCGCGCCCCUCCAGCAGCUAUGCCCUCCAUUCCGUCCGCUCCUGAAAGCCGCGCACAGGAGGUUCCACCAGCAACAAAGACGGAGAUAUCUACUGCCUAUCCAGACUCUGCAAAUACAAACCGCCGUGCACCGUACAUCAAGCAAGGCGUUCAUGAAAUAAACACAAAAUACGACAGUCGCAUAUUCGAUGCAUGUGGUGAACUAGUAUGCACGAGCGGCCAUCUCACCCGAGUAUGGAGCCUUCUGGAUGGAGAGUUGCUGUUGAGCCUAUCACAUGGAGAAAACGUGAAGGCGACCGCUGUGGCUUUCAGGCCGGGCGCUAAUGUCGACGAAGAAGGAACGAGGAUUUGGAUCGGCAACAACACAGGUGAACUCAUGGAGGCCGAUAUCUCUACUCAAGGUAUAGUUGCGACCAAGCCAACAGCUCACGGGCGGCAUGAGAUCAUCAAAAUCUACAGACAUUACAACGAGCUAUGGACUCUGGACGAUGGCGGUACUCUUAAUGUUUGGGGUCCCGACGAAACUGGCGUACCAUCUCUACUGGGAUCUCCUGAUCAAGCAUUCCGAGUUCCCAAAGGUCACACUUUCUCCAUGGUUGUUGGAGACGAGUUGUGGCAUGCGACUGGAAAAGAGGUCCGGGUGUUUUUGCCAACGACAGACGGCAAGGUCCAGUUUCAGGUGCUAAUAAGGGCACUGUAUCAAGAAGGUGCGGGUGAAGUGGUUUCUGGUACCCUGAUGCCGUCAGAUCCUGACAAGGUGUUCUUGGGACACGCAGACGGCAAGGUCAGUAUAUACUCCAGGAGCGGGUAUGCUUGCCUAGGCGUGGUCAGCCUCAGCUCUUUCAAGAUCAACACACUGGCAGGCGUGGGUAGCCACAUCUGGGUGGGAUAUAACUCGGGAAGAGUUUGUGUCUACGACAUCGCACACAAGCCGUGGGUUGUAAAGAAGGAUUGGCAAGCUCAUGAGAAUCCGGUGGUCAAGCUCCUCCCGGACCGUUCAAGUUUCUGGACCUUGGACAGGUCUCAGGUCAUUUCGCUCGGCGCAGACAACAUGCUCAGGGUUUGGGAUGGGCUCCUGCAGGAGGAUUGGCUCGAAGGGGAAAUGCAAGCCAAGGACACGGAGUAUUCGGAAAUAGAGCAGCUCAAAGUGCUCGCCAUGACAUGGAACGCCGGAGCAUCGACGCCCAAUAGCCUGCGGUACUCUCAGAACGAUGCAAGUUUCUUCCAGUCGCUGCUACAAAGCGGCGAAUCUCCCGACAUUUUAAUCUUUGGAUUCCAGGAGCUGGUUGAUUUGGAGGACAAGAAGGCCACAGCAAAGCGGUUUCUCAAAGUAAAGAAGAAGGAAGGGUCGGAUCAGGAGCGCAUGAGCCAUCAAUAUCGUGACUGGAGGGACUUUUUGGUUCGGGCACUGGAUGACUACAUGCCAGGCGAGCUGUAUCAUCUCUUGCAGACCUCUCACAUGGUCGGACUGUUUACGUGCAUCUUCGUCAAGGCGGAUAUCAGGGCACGAAUUAGCAAUCUCAGCACUGCCGAGGUCAAGCGCGGGAUGGGCGGUUUGCAUGGUAACAAAGGUGCGGUGGUAGUGCGAUUCAUGGUCGACGACACAUCGCUUUGUUUCAUUAACUGCCAUCUAGCGGCUGGGCAGAGCCAAGCGCAAAACCGGCACAACGACGUUGCGGCCAUCCUUGAGGCGCAGAUCCUACCCAUUGAGAGGGACCCCAACAUACGGAUCGAUAGCUAUGUCGGUGGAGGCGAUGGCACCAUGAUAAUGGACCACGAGCUCGUACUCCUGAACGGUGAUCUCAACUAUCGAAUCGAUACCAUGUCGCGCGAUACAGUGGUCAUGGCCGUAAAACAGGGUAACUUGUCCAAACUACUCGAACGCGAUCAGCUGCUGGUGGCCAAGCGAAGGAAUCCAGGAUUCCGACUGCGAGCGUUUGAAGAGGCGCAAAUAUCGUUUGCGCCCACCUACAAGUAUGAUGUCGGGACGGAUACUUACGACACUUCAGAGAAGAAGCGAAGCCCGGCGUGGUGUGAUCGACUCCUUUACCGGGGAUCUAGAGGCCGGAUACAGCAACUGGAUUACCGAAGACACGAGGUGCGCGUAUCGGACCACCGUCCCGUCAGUGGCAGGUUUUUAUAUGGCAUCAAGAGGAUUGAUCCUAGACGGAGGGCGGUGGCUUGGAUGGAGUGCCAGCAACGACUUGAAGACACCAAAGCGAAUGUCUCCAUGGAUGAGAAGUAA